CCGCCAUUUAUAAUUUUCAGUGGAAGAUUUCAUGUGGUGUUGGGAAAAGUUUUGCUAAUUUAUCGAAAAGUAUCAAGAAAAAUCAAUAUAUAUUUAACAAUUUUAAUAGAAAAAGGUUUCAUAUAAUCCUUUAAGUGUGUAAAAGUGUUAUUUCACUUCUAUAAAUUCGUGCAUCGUAUAAAGCUACGUUUCAAUAAUCUGCAAAUUUUGUUUCCAAAGCGGUGUGAAAAAAUUUUCCAAGAAGAAAAAUGAGUGAAUUUGCUGCAUCACAAUCUAAUCUAAAUCAGUCGCAAGCUUUUGCAGCAGCACUACAACGUGCUAAGCAGAUAGCCGCAAAGAUACAGCCAAAUGCCGCACAACCAAGUGGUGGAGGUUCUUCUAGUGCUGGUAUCUCACCUCCAUCUGGCGUUGGUUUUAAGCGUAACCACGAUGAUAGUGAUUCCGGUCCGGAAGCCAAACGUUUCACUAGUCCUGGCAACGAUUACAAUAAUUCCAAUGGUAGCAGCGUGGGAGGCGGCGGCAGUAAUGCUGGAUCGACGAAUAUUUCUCAAGCACUCGCACAAGCCACUGCUGUUGCACAGCGUUUAGCGGCUACAGCUGGCACAACGGUGGAGGAGCAAAUACGCAUUCCAGAAUCGCUGGUAAAUUCAGUAUUGGGACGUGGCAGCACUGAGACAAUUACCCAAAUUCAGGGUGAAUCUGGUUGUAAAGUGCAGCUAUCACAGGAUCAAGAUCGAGUCAUUACGUUACGUGGAUCCCGUGAGACUGUUACUAAAGGACGCGAAUUAUUCCAACAAUUGUCUAAUCGUAAUGGAGGUGGAAAUAUCGAAGUUGUGUUGACCAUAAAUAUGCCCCCACCAGGGCCUACAGGAUUCCCACCGUACCAAGAAAUUAUGAUACCUGGCACCAAAGUGGGCUUGGUAAUUGGCAAAGGUGGUGAUACCAUAAAACAAUUGCAAGAAAAAACGGGCGCGAAAAUGGUUAUAAUACAAGAUGGACCAAAUCAAGAAAUAAUUAAACCACUUCGUAUCUCUGGAGAUCCGCAAAAAAUCGAACAUGCCAAGCAAGCUGUAUUAGACUUGAUAGCACAAAAAGAUUUACAGGCAGCUGCGCUUGCAGCUCGUAAUAAUGGCGGGAGUGUGCAAGGCGCUGGGGUUGGCGGAAGUGGCGGCUAUAAUUUUGGCAACACUGGCGAACAGUGCGAAGUAUUUGUGCCGAAAAUAGCUGUCGGUGUGGUUAUUGGUAAAGGUGGUGACAUGAUACGUAAAAUACAGACCGAGUGCGGUUGUAAGCUGCAAUUCAUUCAAGGCAAGAAUGAUGAACCCGGCGACAGACGAUGCCUUAUACAAGGCACACGACAACAAGUUGAUGACGCCAAACGUAUGAUUGACGGACUUAUUGAGAAUAUGAUGCAACGACAACAACGCAACGCUAAUAGCAGUAGCAAUGGCAGUAUGGACGGAAACAAUUCCAAUUACGGUUACGGUUAUGGUGUAAAUCACGCACAACAGCCGCCACGUGAAGAGAUAACAUUUAUGGUACCUUCGUCAAAAUGUGGUAUUGUCAUUGGUCGCGGUGGUGAAACCAUCAAGCUUAUAAAUCAGCAAUCUGGGGCAUAUUGUGAAAUGGAUCGAAAUGCUGUCAAUCCACCAUCUGAGAAGCUCUUCAAAUGCAAAGGCACCUCGGAACAAGUCGAAGCUGCACGUCAAAUGAUUGCCGAAAAGAUUAAUAUGGAGUUGCCAAUUAUUUCGCGCAAACCCAUUAGUGGUAACAUUCCUGGACAACAUAAUAACCAAGGUGGUUAUGGACAGAACCCCAUGCAAAAUGACCCAAAUGCCGCUGCUGCCGCUUAUCAACAGCAGUGGGGCGGUUAUGCACAAGGUUGGGGUGAUCAAAAUCAGCAACAACAAAUGAUGAUGGGCGGUGCCGCCAUGGGACAAAAUACGGGAGCAGCUGCUGGUGGCCAAGCUGAUUACUCCGCACAAUGGAUCGAAUAUUACAAAUCAAUGGGCUUGAUGCGCGAAGCUGAAAUGAUAGAACAACAGCUAAAAGCUAAACAAGCUGGUGCGAAUGCUGGUCAACCAAUGGGUGCUGUUGGUAUGCCACAACAACAGCAAGCACAACAGCAGCCUCAACAGCAGCCACAGCAACAACAAGCACAACAAGGUGGAGGUACAGCAGAUUAUAGCGCGCAAUGGGCGGAAUAUUAUCGCAGUAUAGGCAAGAUUGCUGAAGCUGAAGCCAUCGAAAAGCAAAUGAAGCAAGGACAAAAUGGCCAAGCGAAUGCAGCAGGCGGCGCCGUUAACAGUAAUAAUGCAGCAGGUAUCAAUAGCAAUGCAGGUGGUAGUAGCAACGCAGGCGCUAGUAAUAACCCCGCUGAUGGCAGCAACAAUGCAGCAAUGCAAGGUAUGACACCUAGUCAAUAUGCGCAAUAUUCACAGUACUAUGCAGCGGCGCAAGCGAGUCAGGCGGCAGGCGGUGCUGCACCCGGCUAUCCACAAGCGGCUUAUGGGGGCUAUGGCGCACCAGGAGGUGGAUAUCCAGGCGCGCCACAACCCAACAUGCAGCCCGGUAAUAUGGGUGGCGGACCAAAUGCCGCCAAUCAGAAUAAACAAAAAGGCGACCAGAAGUAAAUACUAUGUAUAAGAGUACCGGCGGCAGCAAUGUAGACGUAGCAGAAAUUUGUGUAACGCGUGAAAUGCAAAAUGAUUAAUGAUGUUAAAGCAGUUGAAUGGGAGGUCACAAAUGUCUCAAUUACUACUACUUCUACUACUACUACUACUACUCCUUACCACUCACAGCAAAAAAUUAAAAUAAUAUACAUAAAAAAGAAAAGAAAAUGAGUCUGCGAAAAUGUGUUGGCGUGUGCGAGAUGGUUUAAAAAUAAUAUAUUAUUAUAAAUAUAUGCAUAUAUUUUUUUAGUUUGUAAGCAUAAUUUAUAGAAACAUCAACAGCAUUAAUACAAAUGAAAAAUUAGAUACAAAUCAAAGGCGCGACUCUAGAUCAUGUUAAAUUCACAUCAAAUUUGAGUGCAUAAUACACAUAAAAACAUCAUAAAUACUGCGAACGUUCACAUAAAAUAGUAUUGCAACGCUACCCGAAAGCAUCUAUCGAGUGUUUUCUAAAAAAAAAAAGAAUAAACUAAAAAAUUUCGUGUCGAAGGAAAAAACUAGUAAAAGAAUGCAUUAGUCGUUUUGUUCCAUUAAAAAAAAAGAAAAGAGUAAAAAAAUGUGAACACUCUCUUAGCUAAUGAAAUAUUUGCAAUGUAAGGCUUAGUGACAAUUAACGCUCAUAAAUUUUCCACAAAACUAAAAAAGAACUUUUGAUCUAUAUGGUUAAUGCUUGACAUAACAGUAAAUAGUAGAUAUAAUAAUACUAAGACGUGCAUACAAAAACCAAAAUCCGCAUUAACGGUCUAAUCUUUUAUAAUAACAGCGAAAUCAAAUAAAAAUGUAAAGUUAUAUUCUAAUAUUCUUCCAAAUGCACCAUCAUAACAACAACAACUACUACAACGAAAUGUGCGUACUCCAUACACAAUGGAAUGAUUCACCUGACAGUGUAAACAAGAAGCUGGAAUAUGUCUAAAAUAUAGCAACACACACACACACGUACAAGCAUGCAAAAUGUCAGCCAAAUAUAGCAAAUGCAACGAGAACGCGUUUCUCGCCGCCAUUACCGCACUCGACUAUUUAAAAGUGGACGCCACUUUCCAGCGCGUUACAAAAUUCAUUCCCGUUAAAUUUUAAAUAGAAUCGAAAAUAAAACAAAAAAUGUUGUACGAAACAAAAAGUGAACUGCACGUGGUAAGCUUGGAAUUAUUUCAAAUAAGUGCUGAUAAAAACAAACAACAAUGCAUAUAAUAUAUAUAAACACAUAAAAUUUCUCAUAGUGAAUAUAUGCAUAUUUGCGUUUAUUAUACACAGAAUGACAAAAAAAAAAAUAUGCAACUUUCAUACAUAUAUAAAAUAGAAAACAUUUGUUUUUAAAGAAUUCUUAUUAUUGAUUGCCUAAACAAAUACGUCAUUUACCAUUUUGCAAAUGAAAUAUGUAUGUCUAUGUAACUUUACUAUCUACAUACCUAUAUGUAUAUUUAAAACAUGCAAAUUACCAUAUGUGUACAAUAUAUUAUAAGAAAUUCAAUUAUAAUGCCAAUAUAAUUAUUACAUAUACAUUCAUAUGCAUACAUAGUGCAUAUAUACGUAUAUAUUAAACAAUCUCUUGAUAUACUUAUUUCAAUUAAUUAGCAUUGAAAAUCACAAUGUGGCGGGUUUAUUUACUUGUACAAGUAUGUAAGUGGCAGAAGCGAAAUGAAGGAUAACCCAAAUGGCAGAAAAACAAAACGCAAAGUAAAUAAUAAAAUGGAGCAGCAGCAACUUAUUCUUGACAAAUUGAUUGGUCGAAUUGCAGACAGACUCUCAGCUUCACGAAAAAAUUUCUUAUUGAUUUUUUUUAAUUCAUAUAACUUUUUUGUUCUUAAUUAAUUUUUUUUAUCUGAUAUACAUACAUAUUAUGUACAUAUGUGUGUUUAGGAUAUUAAUCUUGAUUUUAUAUUUACAUAUUUUACUAGAAAUGCAUAUUUACCAAUGUUGAUUUCCCAAUAUAUUAUUUUUUUUCCAAUUUCCUUACAUAAAUUUAUACUAUAUACAUAUAUGUAUUUUUUAAGCAAUACUGUGGGAACUCUUGCUGUUUUCAUACUCUUCAGAAUCCUUUAGUGGCGGCAGUUGGUGCAUAUUUUUGGUUUUGUGUAUGUUCAACUUCAAAUUACGAAAUAUUUAUUUGAUAAAUAUGAAAUAAUGACACGAGUCCUAAUACUUACCGAUCCAAACGGGGUUAGAUCGCCGAAAAAACAGCCCUUGGUCGGAUGAAAUCCGAGUCAAUUCCGGUACGUAGAACCGGCUGUCGUGGGAAUUGAACACGAGUCCUAAUAAUAUAGGGUGAAUUAAACGGUUUUUUUCCAAUGCUGUGAGCAAAUUAUUAAUUCUUUCUGGUUUAAAUGCAAGCAGCAUAAUAAGUGCGGUCAAUAAGGCAUGAGCUGGAUGUUUCUGCGCCAUUUAUGUCAAUGGAAACAUACUUCUAUUUCAAGUUUUAUGUAAAACUACUAUAAUCAAAACUUAAUGUUACAGUGUAGGCUUUUUUCGACGAUUAAUUCGCAACUGGUGUUUUGAAAACAGGAAUUUCUUGAUAUACAUAAAUCGGUCAACAUAAAAAUUCCACUUUUAUAAAGGAAGCAGUCCUCUGAGCGAAUUUCUAAUAUUAAAAGUUUCUCUUAAUAUUCAACCAGACGCUUGAGCGCAUAUAGCGUAUUUUCCUAUGUUAUAUAACUUUUGGAAGGCAAAAUGGAAGAUGCAGCAGCCCGUUCAAACCUAAAAAGCUUAACAAAAUUGGGGUGGUUAUUUUAACCGCAACUGUACGAUAUUCAAACUGGUUUUAAACUGAAAUUUAUAUAAUAUAAUGAUUGCUUAUAUUUACAUAUGCAUAUAUACAUAUAAAACCACAUUUUCAAUAAUCCUUCCAGCGACCAUUUAAUAAAAUAUGCCAUAUUUUUCGUGUAACCAAAAAUUUGUAUGCAAUAUUUUUUCUAUGAGAAAGUUAGUUAUAAUAUUUUCUUUAUAUCUUUUUUUAUAUGUACAUAAAUGACCAACCAACUAUGGUUCACUCCCAUGUCCUCCGGUACGUUGAUUGCACACACGCGUCUUCAGGUCGUUCGAUUGGUGAUCGAGCGGUCGCACAAACUUCGUUAAUGCGAAACUAUAUGAGCAAAAAGUAAAAAUAUAUACAUAUAUGUGAGGCAAAGUGCGCAAAGUAAAUUACUUGAAAACAGAAAGAAAGAAACACGGUUUAUGCAUACCUUUUCUUGUUGCACAGUUUCUUAAAAGAGCUAAGAGUCUACAGCAAACAAUAACUUCUAGUAAACAAGUAGCACUUACCUUCACCCAACUGCCAAAUUACCAAAUUUCCUACCACUACUACUACUACUACUACCACAAACGUACGUACAAUACAAAAUAGCAGUAAAUAAUUUCCCAAACUAUGGUAAGCUGCUCUACAUGCAAUAUCUCUUUGAAAUUAUUAUCACGUAUGUAUGUACAUAUAUUGCAAUUUGAAGAAAAAAAUAUUUACCUAUUUAAAAUGCUGAUUUCACUAUAUUAUAAAAUAAUUGAUAUAACAUUUUUUAAACCAAAAAUCAUAUUUUAUAUGUUUUUAAAGUGCCCUUUAUUUUUUUAUAUAAACCUCCAUUUAGUUAUUGCUCAUUUUAUAUAUUAUUAUUGUUUAUAGACCUGGGUAACCGUGUAUAACAGAAUUUAGAUACAAAAACAAAUAUAUUGAUUAACAGAAAACAUGCGUGAGAGUCCAUUUAAAGUGUUGCAACAUUUUAAAACGACCGUUAAAUAUAUAAAAAAAUUGUUUAUAAACUUUUAAAAUAAUGGCAAAGAAAAAUACGUAUAUUUAAACAUUUUACUGUUUAUAGAACACAAGCACGGAACAAAGUAUUUGUUUCGCUUAAUUAAUCAGAAAACAACAACAACAAUAUAUAUAUAACUAUCUAAUUUUAAGCAUUGUAUGAAAUGGCAAAAACAAUAUCACACACAUUUAGUGCGGUGUUGUAGCUAAAAGAAUAACAACAACAAUUGUUUUUGUCAGCGAAAAAAGUAUAAUAAUAAAAAUAUAUAUAAACACAGUUUAUUGGACGCGCAAGCGUGUUCGAAAUAGUUUGAAAAAAUAAAAUAAAAUAAAAUAAAUAACCUUUAAUAAAGCAUUGUUUUAACACUGAAAACAA